AUGGACACAGGCACGGGAUACCGCGGUCGCAUCCCAUUCCCCCCGCUACAGUUGACCGUUGAGGAGCAGGAGCGAUGUCAAGAGCUCACUCUGCAGUUACUGGACCAAACGCUACGUAGCUACGACGAACGCGGUGUCGCCGCGAACGGAUCGCCACUCCAUCAUUCACGCCUGGCCAGUGCUCGCUGGAAAAGUGUCAAGACGCAGCACAACGCCUCUCUCUACUGUGAGCGACAUCGUGGAGGACCUCACGAUCUCCACAUGCCGUUGGGGAACUGGAAAAGCCCACUCGUGCUCCUCGCCGUGGGCACAAUUCAUAGUUGUCUCGACGACGUUAUGCUCGGUCUUACAACGCAAUCAUUCGGUGACAUGCAGUUAAGAGCGGCCUCAGUAGCUUCUCAAGAAAUAAGGGGAGCUAUGCUUGCCAAGAUAUCUGGACCGACAGAGGAAAAUCCGUUUAACAGCCAGAGUGUCGUGUGGAUUGUGGGGGAACAGAAGUGGCCACUAAGUAUGGUCGUGAAUCCAAGAGACUUCGUCAACUUGUGGGCCUCUGGGGUUAUCACUGACGCUAACGGUGACCGUAUCGGGUACGAGGUCGUUCAACCUGCACAGUUGCCCCAAUGCCCGGAGAUUCCUGGUUCGAUUAAGCGCGGGAAAUUCAUGUACGGAGCAUUGUUUCGAGAACAGGACGGAGUGGUAGAUGUGUACAUUCAAGUGCAUGUGGAGACGAUGGGCGCUGUAGUGAACGCCGUUAUGAUGAACGCGAUCUGGAGCUCCACGCUUGGAUUUUGGAAGGCUCCGCGCUUCUCGGAAGAGAAGAAAAUCGAAUGGUGUGUCAUCACCAGCGCUGUGAAAAGAGCUAACAGUAAACGCAAACCACUGGAGACGAAGUCACGAAAGGGUCUUCUCUCUUGCUGUCGCUGUUCAGCUGUAUUGGUCCCGCGGAACCAAAGCGAGUACUCCCGAGGGACUCUGGCAUGCGCAGCAUGCGCGUCGAUCUUGUGCUUCAGUUGCAGCGUCAAACGUUCCAUUAAGACCACUACGGGGAGAAGCAAGGGCGCCGUGACUCGAAACGUUGCUGUUGUCUUGUGUAGAAACUGUUUGAAGCUCGUGGAGCAGGAAAGAGCUGCCAAGAUCGCAUGGGAACAGUAUCAAUACCGUCUCAUGUAUUCCGCGACGGACGCUUGUAGCAGCAGUCAACCGCUCUGGGGCCUCGCUGAUGAUUCAGCAAUGUUUGUGUGGUCACCGGAUCGACACUUCUCGGUUUCAGACGUGUUACACACAUAUUCAGACGGAGAAGAAGAGUGGACGCCGUAGCCGAUGGGAAGCUUUAACGCGCUUGUAUUAAUACAGUUUAAAGUAGUGAAUGCGUCGCUUGAAGCAC